AUGCCGCCUUCACUUUCCUCAGACCCGCUGACAAUCGUCGCUGCCGCGGCAGGAGUUGUAGCCGGGACCGCUGUGUUCGCCUGGGGCAUUUUGCAUUGGGAUCGGCGCCAGCAGCGGCAUGAGGGCCCUGAUUCCCCGGAUUCCUCGUGGACAGCCCAGCAGGUUGCAGCAUGGCUCCGUGAAAACGGCGUCAGCAAGAGUUCUGUGAUGUUGUGUUGCCGCUACAGGGUGGAUGGCGACACACUGAUGCGGCUGACAGCGCAAGAUCUCUAUCACAUGAGCGUACCGUUGCGCGACGCGCGAAUGAUCCUCGCAGCCAUAGAAGAUGUACGGAACUGCCCUGUAAUUUUGUCCUCUGUGCUGCCGCGCUCUGUCUCGCGCCGGAGGUCAAGCCCUUCUCUGCGAAGUGCCCAGCUAGCCGUUCCCUCCUCGGCUGAGCAGUUCGAGGCCGCCUGGCGGGCGCUGGUGCGAACCUUUACCCUGCCCGCAAACAACUCAUCACCAGCCGAGCAGCAGCAGCGAUUGGCGGUAUACACUGGGACCCUUUUGGAGAGCUUUCAGGUGCUGACUGUGAGCGAGCAGGCGACUGCACUGUCGCUUGUGGCCGCAGCUGAAAAGGUCCGUGUCUUUCCCUCUGGUAACAUGUCGCGGGAUGUGCACCCCGCGCCGUUGUCCACUGACACGCCUACGGAUACGUCUUUCUCCAUGGAGGCGAUGGAGGAGAAGCUGAAGCCUUUGCAUGGUAUGCUCGACGGGUUUCUGGACUUCCUGCGCUCUCCAGACCUGGACGCGGUGGCGCCAGCCGAAUUCGAGGAGCUGGGCGAGCGAGUUGCAGCGCAGGUAAAGCGGGUUUUGCGGGUUGCGGAGCAGCUGCCCCCCGAGCUCAAAAGCCUCCUCCGCCGCAAGUGCGACGAUGUUUUUGAGGCUCUCUCCAACCGCCAACGAACUAUGCCCGGUGCCUCUGGCAGCAAGGCGCCCGACAGGGCAACGCUAAUGCAGGCCCUCCGCAAUGUGCUUUCUGUCGUGGAAGACCCAGCACUGCGGGCGUUACCCACUGCGCAGCGCAUGCAGGUUCUGUCGUCGCUGGCCAAGAAAGCGGAGGCGAUCGAGGCCAUUGUGGCGGGCUCCGUGUCGCACGCGCCUAAGGAUGCGGAGGUUCUCAGUACGGUGCAGUCGCUGCUUCGCAUUAUUCAGGAGGAGACUCGUGCCAGCCAGCGAGAGGCUGAGGCCGAUGCUCAGCCUGCCGCCGACGAGGAGGGCGAGGAAGAGAAGGUUCCAGCCGCCGAGGAUGCAGACGCUACAGGCGGGUCGAUUUCUGUAAUUGUCGCGACUGUGCAGGAUGUUCAGGCCACCCUCCAGUCGGAGGCAUUCCAGUGCGCGCCGGCAGCGGCCAAAGUCGAGUUGUGCACCUCCCUACUGCAGCGAGUCACAGCGCUAGAGGACAACCUGGCUGCACUGCCGCCACCCGCGCAGGCUAUGGUGCGAGAUCUUUUAUUGAACACAAAGAAGGUGCUCGCCGUCAUGAUGGCCACAGCGGAGGGCGAGGGAGGUCAUGGCGCAGAGGACUUGCCAGCGGAGGAUGAGGCCGACGAGGAGGAGCAGGACAGUGACGGUGAUGCCGAGGCAGCCCAGGCUGAGCGGGAGAAGAGUGAGGGGGCCAACUCUAGCACCGGCAUAGAGGCAAGCGUGGCGCAGCUGGAGAGGAUCUUUGACUUUCUAACCUCCGACUCGCUGGGGAAGGCCACGGUGAGGGAGCGACAACAGGUGGCGUCAAAAUUGCUGCAGCAGGUGGAGGCGAUCAAGUUAGACGUGGCAGCGCACGAUACUCAGGGCACCCUCAUCAGGGAGCUCAUCGGGCCUCUUGAGGAGUUACUGUUCGACAUGGCUGGCAAUCACUCCGCGUCUCCCGAGUUUCUCGAGAUUACUGCCCCCCUUAGGGAUGUGCAACUGCUUUUGACCAGCGAUUCAUACCGACAGCUGCCCCGCUCCGAGAAGCUUCGCAUUGCCGGAAAGGUUUUGCCGCAACUGCACCAGCUGACGUCGUCCUUCUCCUCCUUGUCGGACUCUGAGCGGGUAGCAGCCGAGGCGCUAGUACAGCCAAUCAACGAGGAGCUGCUGCGCCUGUCGCGCCGCUGUGACCCUGCUACGGGGUCAGCACAGGAAGUGCUUAAUCGUCUUCAAGCGGUUAUGCGCUCCAUCCAAGGCGCCGAGUUCACCACUAUGUUGCCGGCGGAAAGGAGCUCCUGGGCCAACAACACUGUGGCGGAGCUGGACCAGCUACGUGACUGCUGUGUAACUCUUGGUGCUAAGGGUGAGGAGGUACUUCCUCUCAUCGAGCGCCUUCGAAACCAAUUAAGUGGGUUGCUCCCCGACCGCUCAGAUGCCGAGGGAGACGAAGGCCAUGGUGACUCCUGUGAUGGCGAACACGUCAGCGAUGGUGACAACGGCGAGGCUCAGCAGAAGCAGGAAGGGAAACCGGCGGAUCUUGUCUGGGGUGCGGUGCGUGACUCGCGUGCUGAACUGCUGGCUGCUGAGAGGACAGCGACGUCUUUACCACCGAAGCGACUGAAGAGAAUGUUGCGAGUGAUGAGUGAAGCGGCAGAGCUGCCAGGCAUGUCAGCACAACAGGAAGCGGCGCUGCAAGAGUUUGGUAAUCUCCUGCGCCGCCACGUGGAGGCCAUGACUGGCCAGGCGAACGACGGCGGCGGCGGUGCCAAAGUUGCUGACGCGGAGAGUGACUGUGAUGAGGGCAACGCGGCGCUACACGCUCUUCGCCGAUCCCUGCAAAUGUUGAUAAAUGAGGUGCACGGUGAGAACAAGGCAACGACAGCGGAGCUGUCCGUGGUGGCGAGAAAGACAGAGGAACUUAUCUCAGGCGCCGAUGAAGCCAACAUAAACUGGCGCGGAGACUCGCAGUGCGCCCGGGCGAUGCGGAGCAUUUUGGAGGCUCUGCAGCAGUUGCGCGGCAGCGAGGAUGGCGCGAGUGGCGCCAGGGUACCGAGCAAGGUAGAGUCGGUACUCCAAUCAUCUCUCGAGGGCCUCAUCGCAAACCCGCCGACCAGCAUGGAGGACUUCGCGCCGUACAUUCGUGUGCUAGAGCUGACUCAGUCGUCGGCAGAGCAGUUGACGAAUAGGGAGCUGAUGCAUCUCAAGAGACUCCAGGAGGCUGUGAUUAAGGCCAUGCAGCAACUUCCAGAGCUGCCGCCCCCUAAUAGAGAGAAGAACGGGCCGAAGGCCGACGACGAGGCAGAGGAGGGUUGCAACGACGAGGAGGUGGACCGCGUAGAGGCAGUGUUUGACACCCUACGGCAAAUGUCGUACAAGCUGCGCGAAGGCCCCUUUUCGGCAGAGGAACUGGACGAGUUCGAGAAGGUCCAGGAGGAUCUGGCGCGCUUUCUGGCCGACGAGGGGGUUGAUGUAGGGGAUUCCAUCAAGGCUGUGCGGGAGCAGAUUCGCCUACAGCGUGAAGCACUCACAAACGGCGAGGCUGGCGACGAGGAAGAGCUUGAGCUGGCCGGGAACAAAGAGGACGACAUCGAUGUGUUACAGUCAGAGCUGCAAUGCGCUGAGCAACAGACCUUGGACUCACUGCCGGCGGAGGGCACGGACGCGUUCAACGAAGACGACGACGAUGGUGUUUGUAGCAACGGUGCCGCCGUCAUAUCCGGCCUCUCGCCUGGCUAUGUGCAACACGCCACGGGCGGUGAACGAGUUUGA